AGGUAGUCUCAAAAGUACAAUGUAUCCACAAGCCUCGUGGGUGAUGAUCACGUUGGCAUUUUCAAUAGCGACGUUGGAGGUGGCCUCAGAGGAAUAUAAUGUUCAACGAAGAGAUGAUUUACGUUGUAAAAUGUUCUGUCAACUGGUGCUUCAGUGUGAAUUUUGCACUGGAAGGCGACCCGUGCGGUUUGGGAAGCGGUCACGACAGAUACAGCUCGAAGUACUAACAUCUCGCAACGAUGUCUUGAUGAAUGAUUCUAGAAAUAAUGGCUUCUCAUUCGAGCCAAGUCAAUACGUACCGCGCUUGAACAGUCAGAGCAAUGUGAGACAAAAAUUCCCUCUAGAAAUUAUUGAAUAGGCCAGUUUAGGUCUUUGAAAUUAAUGAGAAAUAAAAUGUCUCAGAAUUUUUCAUGGAA